GGAAAUACAAAAUUAUAUUACAAAAGGAUAACAACUAUUAACAGAUGGCGUUGCUAAACCGAAAGAUGAACCUAUAUUUCUCUAGUCGAUUCUUAUAUCAUUUGUAUAUCCACAUGCAGUACCAACUGAACGUAUCCUGCGUUAGUUUUUGCCUUAUGGUCGUCGAUGUCGUGAGUCGUAAAAAAAGUCAAUUUCACGUCAAACAGUAUUGAAUUUCAUCGAAAAUUUAUACAUUUUCUGUUAUCUAUUUUAAGAUGAUUGUUUGAACAAUAUAAAAUAUCAAAUUACCAUGGAGGGUCCAGUGCAAGUAAAAGAUUCUACCUCUGCUACUGCAGAACCAAUUAAGUCUGAAGGAGUUGUACAAAGUUCUGAUAGCAGUGAAAGAAGUGAAGGAGCGGCCUCUCCACCUCCUAAUUGCAGUAUCUGUCUUGGAAAACUUAUCAACACAUCGUUUACUGACAGUUGCUUACAUCAAUUUUGUUUUAAUUGUUUAUUACAAUGGUCUAAAAUAAAAACAGAAUGUCCAUUAUGUAAACAAACUUUUAAAUCAAUCAUACAUAAUGUAAGAUCAGAAGAAGAUUAUGAUCAAUACCAUGUACCACGCGAAUUAGCAUCUCAAAUUUCACAACCUCCAGUUAUGGCAAUCCAGCAUUUAGAUGUUAAUUUUGAAGUAGAUGGAAAUUGGGAUGUUGGUUUACGCCGUUUUUUCUAUAGAACAACCAUGACUGAUAAUCGUCGUCGUGGAGCCAUGUCAAACACUGAACAGGCAAGAGAACAAAUACCAGUUAUGCAGCCACAGGUUUCAAGAGAAGAACAUAGGGCUAGACGCAUGAAUCCUACAUUGCGUCGUGCUAUAUACACACAUGGAAUAUGGGCUACUUCAUUACCUGGACGUUUUGGAUUUGGACGUUUUCAAGAAUGUAGUGCUGAAUAUUACCGGAGAUAUCCAAGAGAAUUAGAUCGUCUUGUUCCAUGGUUAAACAGAGAAUUACAUAUAUUAAUUAAUAAUAGACCAGCACAUAUUCCAUAUGUUUUAAGAACUAUUAUGGAUGCACUAACACAUCAUGAUAUUAGAAGUCUUCAAUUCCAAAAUAUUGUGCGCCCAUAUUUUGGUGUACAUACAGAACAUUUCAUACAUGAGUUAUUCAAUUUUGCAGGGACUAAUUAUGAUAUAGUUGGAUAUGACCAUGCUGUUACUUACUUAUUUCAAGGUUUGUCAAGAGAUUAUGUUCCACAUGUUGUUUCACCUGUAUCUAGCAGUAGUAGUACUUCUUCCGAUGAUUCAGAUGUUCAUGUACUUGAUGAAGCAAUUGAUUUACGUGUAAAUGCUGAAUUACCUGGUGUAGGACCACACCCAGUUAAUAUGCCUGGGCCUAGUACUGUCGGACAAGCUUUUCAAUUGGAAAUGCCAUACAAUGUACCAGAUGUUUUGACAAUAUCAUCUGGAUCUUCAGAUGACGAAUGUGAAGUAAUCUGUUAUGUCAAACCUCGUCAUGAAAGAACACCUGAGAUUAUAGAACUAGUCUCUUCUGAUCCUGAGGAUACAAAUACAGCUUAUGUAUCUAAUGAUAAUGCAGAACCUGUGCGAACUUCUAUUUACGAGGAUCCUCAACCUAGUACAUCAUAUGGUUGUAAGAAAGGACCAUCUAAUAAGGUAACUAGUGAAAUCUUAAGGACUAAUAUCUCGGAAACAUCAUCUUCUUCAAGCGAUAAUUCGUCAGAUAGUGAUUACAAUCCUAGAAGAAGCAGACAAUGUCGAAAUCAUAUAAAGAAAUCGUCAAAGAAAAAAAUCAAUAAUAAAAGACGUAAACACAGCAAUUUCAAGAAUCGUAAAAGAAUAGAUAGUAGUGUUUCAAGUUCAGGUGAAAGUGAUUUCAGAAAUAAAAGUAGUAGAAGAAGUAGUCAACGCGGAAAAAUAAAACCAUACAGUUCUAGCGAAUCUAGUUUGGAAGAAGAUAGAAGGAAGAAAUUGAAUGAAGUAAAGUCAAGAAAAGAAAUAAAUUCAAUUAAAGGUACAGUAAAUGUGCGUAAGGAUUUAAUAAAAAAAGAAGAAAGAUACAAUGAAGGAAAUAAUGUCUUUAAUAACAAUAAUGGCAACUGUACUAAUAGCAGCAGUGGUAGCAGUAGUAGCAGUAGCAGCAGUAGUAGCAGUAGCAGCAGUAGCAGUAGCACUACUAGUACUAGUAAUAGCAGCAGUAGUAGCGGAAGUGAAACAUAUAAUGAAAGUAAAGAAACUCACAAAUUUGAACUUCUACAACAGAAGUCAAGAAUUAAAAGUUCUAUAAGCUCACGAGUUUAUGAUAUUGAGAAAACUGAAAGAGAAGGGAGAAAUAAAUUCAGAAUAAUAACUGAUACAACAUUAUUAAAUAAUUCUAGACAAAAUUAUAAAUACAAGGAAAAUAAACGAUCUAGAACCAGAAGUACUAGCGAAUCUUCGCACAUGCAGAAAAAAAACAAAAGAUCAAACUGUAGAAAACGACAAGUUUAUAAAUAUAAGAAUGAAUACGAAAGCGGAGAAGUAAAUAACUCCAUGAAUAUAGAUUUCUUAAACAGAGAGAAUAUUCCGUGUUCCAGUAGCCAAUUUAACAAUUAUUCAGAUAGAUUAUAUAAACAUAAAAGAAGAUCUAGACGUAGGGAUUUAUGUAAAAAUAAAAAGAGAAAAUGCUCUCGUAGUAGAUCACGUAGCAAAUCUCGAAAUAGAUCCCGUAGCAGAUCUAGCAGAUCUAGCAGGUCUCAUAACAGAUCUCGCAGCAGAUCUUUUAGUAGAUCUCUUAACAGAUCAAGUAGUAGGUCUCGUAGCAGUUCUCGUAGUCGUUCUCGUAGUCGUUCUCGUAGUCGUUCUCGUAGUCGUUCUCGUAGUCGUUCUCGUAGUCGCUCUCGUAGUCGCUCUCGUAGUCGUUCUCGUAGUCCUUCUCGUAGUCGUUCUCGUAGUCAUUCUCGUAGUCGUACUCAUAGUCGUUCUCGUAGUCGAUCUUCCAUCUCUAAUUCAAGUAUAACAAAUUCAGUAAUUUCAUCUAUAAGUGAAACAUGUUCAAUACCAAAACAUUCCGACUCAAAAAAUAGUUUAUCCAACAAAGAGAAGCGCAGAUUACAUAAAAGUCAUAAAAAAUCAAAACAUCGAAGAUCGCGAUCAAAAUCAAGAUCUAAAAAGCAGAAACGUCGUGUUAGAUGGUCUUAUAGCUCUGACACGGAUUAAUUUUCCUCAUAUAACUUAUUAAUCUUCUCAACUAUAAAUUAGAUUUAUUUGUAAUACAGUUGCAAUGUACACUAUGAAGAAUGGCUUAUUAUUUUAAUGUUAUCUCACUAUAACAAUUGUUUAUUGUUUACUACAUUUUUGAAAUAUUAUGAUUAAUUGAAGUGAGAAAAAGACAAAACAUAAAGAAGCUAAAAUUAUAGUUUGAUAAUUUUAUCUGGAAACAAACCAAUAAGUUUUGUUUGAUAUAUAUGUUUGGUACAUAUACCUGUAUACAUUUUGUUCAUUUAUUUUGUUAUUUUGAGAUUAUUAACAAAUUAUUUCAUUGAAAAAGAACAUGUUUAUUCAUUUUCCUAAAUUUCGUUAUAAAUUAUAUAUAUAAUUCAUGUUUCUAAGUAGCUUCUUAAGUUGCUAAUACAUACAUUUCUUUUAUAUAUUAUUCAUUAUUAUUAUUAUAUUAAUGUAAUAAUCUUAUACGAAAUAUAACUAUCGUUUAAAGAUAUUUAUGAAUAUUAUGUAAGAUAAAAAAAUGUCAUCUAUAUAUAGGAAUAUUUAUAAAAAUUAACAAAAGAAAAAUGUACUGAUAUAUUAGUUGAUUAUAAACAUAUGCUAGAAUUUAUGUAAUAAAGUAUAAUUAUAGAAUUAUAAUAUUAGAAAAUUAAAAUAUUAUUACUGUUCUACUAUCAAUAGAAAAUUAAUUUUAAACGGAACUAAUAUAUGAUUCACAAUGAAAUGAUAUAGCAUUUAUAAUAAAUAAUGUUUACAAAUUUUUUUUACAAUUAUUUUUUAUUGAAGUUAUAAGAGAAAAUAAAUAUAUAAUGGUGCACAAGUUGCAUAAAUGUAAAUGCAUGAAUGACAAAUUAUAAAUAUGAGUAAUACAAAAAUGCAUAUAAUAUUAUUGUCAAUGUUGCAAUGAAGGUAAUUGGAAAUUUGGAAAUUUCAUUCACACUAAAAAAAUUAUUUCUUAUUUACGAUUUUUAAAUGAUCAUAUUUCUAAGUUAAUUAACAAGAAAAGAAUUUUCAUACUAAAAGAUAAUACUAAUUUUAAUAUUAAUGUAUAUAAGUUUUGCAUAUAUUCUUUACAACAAUUAAUGAAAAAAAUAGAAAAAGAAUAAGACAAAUGCACAUAAUAUGUUCAAUUAAUAUCUAUUACUUUUUAUAUGUGAUAUAAAAUGAAUAGAAAACAUAUAUAAACUGAGUUUAUUCAUGGAAGAGAUUAGAAUGUAUUUAAAUUCUAUAUCAUAAUAAAUCCAUAUAUAGUAUA